CUGGAUCAGAAGCAGGCAUGAGUCCUGGGGGGGGCAUCGGCGGAGGCAUGGAUGGUGGCAUGGGCGGACGCACGGAUGGUGGUAUGGGCGGAGGCAUGGAUGGCAGUAUGGGUGGAGGCACGGAUGGUGGUAUGGGCGGAGGCAUGGAUGGCAGUAUGGGUGGAGGCACGGAUGGUGGUAUGGGUGGAGGCAUGGAUGGCAGUAUGGGUGGAGGCAUGGAUGGUGGUAUGGGAGGAGGCAUGGGGCGUUGAAGGGACGAGGAGAAUACACAUGGCCACAGUAGCAUCCUCAUGUGUGUCAGAUUGUGGCGUGUAUCUAUUUCCGUCAGAGCUGGUAGGAGCUUGGCCGCAGCAGCACCUCCAGCCGAGUGUUUGCUGAGUGCUGCUUCGUCCAAUCUCCUCACCCAAUGUAGUCCUUUGGUGCCCUGCAGAGCAUAUAGGCAGAGUAUUUGUGCUUGAAUUCUUAUUGGAACGGGUUAC